AAAAAAGGUGCGAACCUGUUUUAUAUUUGGAAGCAGAGAGAGCCUUCCUUUUAAAGCUUUUAACAGAUUUUAUGUGGAAACACAAGCACCACCUUCCUUCUCUCCCUCUUUCGCGCUUUUUCCUCUCAAUCUAUCUCUGUAACUUUGUUUCCGAUUAACAAAAGAUGUCCAAUAACGAAGAGCCCGUGGAGGAAACAAAUGGGGAUUCAUUUCACAUAGUGAAGCAGGGUUUGAAAGAUCGAUCUAAGAAAGUGGCUCAAACCAAAGAGAUUUUGUCGAAACAAGCGGUUCAGACCAGAGAGAUCCUUUCAAAACAGGCUGUUAAGAUCGCCAAACAAGCUGAAGAACACGAAAAGUUCAUCAACAAGGUGACGCAUCUUGUGGGGGUCCUCGGGUUUGGUGGCUUUUGCUUCCUCUUAGGAGCAAGACCCCAAGAUAUUCGAUAUGUAUAUUGUUUGUUCUAUGUAAUCUUUGUUCCUCUUCGUUGGAUAUACUAUCGGUUCAAGAAAUGGCACUACUAUCUUUUGGACUUUUGCUACUAUGCCAAUACGAUCUUUUUGGUUGACCUCCUUCUUUAUCCAAGGAAUGAAAAGUUUUUCAUGGUUUGCUUCUCAUUUGCUGAGGGACCAUUAGCAUGGGCAUUGAUUGUUUGGCGUUGUAGCUUGGUGUUUAGUUCUCUUGACAAAAUAGUUAGUGUCCUCAUACAUCUUUUACCUGGGUUAGUUUUCUUCACCAUUCGAUGGUGGGAUCCAGCCACUUUUGCAGCCAUGCAUCCAGAAGGAACUUCUCGCAGAGCUUCGUGGCCUUAUGUAGAAGACAAAUCCUACCUUUGGGUGUGGUUGUUUUGGGUGCCCUUGUUUGCUUACACCUUAUGGCAGGCUUUGUAUUUUCUCAUUGUCAAUGUUUUACGCCGACAAAGGCUCUUAAGAGAUCCUGAAGUCAUGACUUCUUAUAGGGAACUGUCAAAGAAGGCACAGAAAGCAAACAAUGUAUGGUGGCGCCUAAGCGGUUUGCUUGGGGAUCAAAAUCGCUUGCUUAUGUUUAUUCUGCUUCAAGCCGUCUUUACUGUGGCAACCAUGGCGCUCACAGUCCCUAUCUUCUUGUCAUAUGAAUUGCAUGUAGUUUUCCAAAUACUCAAGGUUUCUGCAUCUGUAUGGAAUGGAGGGAGUUUCUUGCUAGAGGUAAUGCCUCGGCAAGUGAUUCUCAAGGAGAAGAAGAAAUUAGAAGUUCAACCAGUGCAAACUGAGCGGGACCAAUCAACGGACGAUGAUGGAGGGACCAAUAAUUCUGCUGAGGCAUCCAGUCCUAACUAACAGCUGUUGAAUAUUAUCCAUUUUUAGUCAUGACAAAUUACUCAUCUUUUGUUGUUUUCCUAGAACUAGCGUACUUGGUAGAAGUUUAUAUUUGUUCUGCAGUUCCGUGAGCAAUGAUUUGUUUAUGUACAAAUUCACAAAAAAGGAAUUCAAAUGAGAGUAUUGCAAAUGAACACAAAACAGGUGGUCUGUUAAAAAUUGGAAUUUCCUUCUCA